GCUGGGGCGGCAACCAAAAGCCACUGGACCGUGUGAACCUGCCAUGCACCACAGAGGCAGUGAGAAUGAGCGAGAGGAGAGUAGCAAUGGACUUGCCCUCAGGAUCCAACGCCAGCAUGCCCCUGCAAAGGCACAGGGUGUCAUCCCUUAGGGGAACACGAUCUCCUUCCUCCCUGGAUAGCCCCCCAGCAUCCAGGACCAGUGCUGUAGGUAGCCUCGUCCGUGCCCCUGGGGUCUAUGUAGGAGUAGCACCCAGUGGUGGCAUAGGUGGCCUCGGUGCCCGAGUGACCCGCCGGGCCCUGGGCAUCAGCAGUGUCUUCCUGCAGGGCCUGCGGAGCUCAGGCCUUGCCACUGCACCUGCUCCAGGCCCAGAAAGGAAUCACGCCACUGCUGAGGACCUGGGGGGCUGCCUAGUGGAGUAUAUGACCAAGGUGCACGCUCUGGAACAAGUCAGCCAGGAGCUGGAGACACAACUACGGGCUCACUUGGAGAGCAAGGCCAAGCGCUCCGGAGGCUGGGAUGCCCUCCGUGCCUCCUGGGCCAGCAGCUACCAGCAGGUGGGAGAGGCCGUCUUGGAAAAUGCCCGACUCAUGCUGCAGAUGGAGACCAUCCAGGCCGGUGCGGAUGACUUUAAAGAGAGAUAUGAGAACGAGCAGCCAUUCAGGAAGGCGGCGGAAGAGGAAGUCAGCUCCCUGUACAAAGUCAUCGAUGAAGCUAAUUUGACGAAGACGGAUCUGGAGCAUCAAAUCGAAAGCCUGAAAGAAGAACUGGGCUCUCUGUCAAGAAGCUAUGAAGAGGAUGUGAAGGUUCUGUACAAACAGCUGGCGGGGUCUGAGCUGGAGCAAACAGAUGUUCCCAUGGGCACUGGUCUGGAUGAUGUCCUUGAGACGAUCCGAGUUCAGUGGGAGAGAGAUGUGGAAAAGAACCGAGCAGAAGCAGGAGCUGUGCUCCAAGCUAAGCAGCAGACAGAGGUAGUCCAUGUAUCCCAGACCCAAGAAGAAAAGCUGGCCGCUGCCCUCAGUGUAGAGUUACACGACACUUCACGCCAAGUCCAGAGUCUCCAGGCUGAGACAGAAUCUUUACGGGCUCUGAAACGAGGCCUGGAAAACACCUUGCACGAUGCCAAGCACUGGCAUGAUAUGGAACUGCAGAACCUGGGUGCCGUGGUGGGCAGGCUGGAGGCAGAGCUGGCAGAGAUCCACUCAGAGACAGAGCAGCAACAGCAGGAGCGGGCACACCUGCUGGCGUGCAAGGGCCAGCUACAGAAGGAUGUGGCAUCCUACCACGCCCUGCUGGACAGAGAGGAGAGCAACUAACGGGAAAAACAAAAACGACUUCCUCUUUUCACAAAGAAACUCUACCUUCCUCAGCAGCCCACUGGUGAUGAUGUUUAAAGACCUUCAGUUGCUGCUGGAGUCCCUUAGCUGACUCAGAGGGAGCUGGAAGGCUUCCUGGGAGUGGCGAGGGCCCUUCUGCCCUCAAUUAUGUAGUCUGUAGCUUCAACAGCCAAGGCCUCUCUGAAUAAAUACUUUGCGUGCGGCUCUCAGUC